AUGGCCGACCGGGAGCGCCACCUGAACGAUAGCGAUGGGCCCAUAGACCCGGAGACGAUUUACACCAAAGAAUACUGCAUUGGCGGCGGAAGCUUUGGCAAAGUCUACAAGGGCAUCGACAAGCGCACCGGCCAGGCUGUCGCCAUCAAAAUCAUCGACAUCGAAAGCGCUGAAGAUGAGGUCGAAGAUAUCAUCCAAGAGAUCGCGAUUUUGUCUGAGCUGCAAUCGCCAUAUGUUACCAAGUACUACGGCUCCUACGCCAAGGGCGCAGAGUUAUGGAUUGUCAUGGAAUUUUGCGCAGGCGGAAGCUGUGCUGAUCUGAUGAAGCCUGGACUUAUUGGCGAAGAAUACAUUGCCAUAAUCAUCCGUGAGCUACUCAUGGGUUUGGAUUACCUGCACUCAGACAAGAAGCUGCACAGAGAUAUCAAGGCCGCAAAUAUCUUGCUGGCGGCAAACGGCCAGGUUAAGCUGGCAGACUUCGGCGUAUCGGGUCAACUCUCAGCAACGAUGACGAAGAAGAAUACAUUUGUCGGGACACCCUUCUGGAUGGCGCCUGAGGUCAUCAAGCAAAGUGGCUACGACCAAAAGGCGGAUAUCUGGUCCCUGGGUAUUACGGCACUGGAGCUAGCCAACGGUGAACCGCCUUAUGCCGAUAUCCAUCCCAUGAAAGUGCUUUUCUUGAUCCCCAAGAACCCGCCACCGAGACUGGAAGGGAACUUUACCAAGGCCUUCAAAGAUUUUAUUGAACUGUGCUUACAACGAGAUCCCAAGGAACGGCCGUCAGCCAAGGAGCUCCUUAAACAUCCCUUUGUCCGGAAAGCCAAGAAAACAAGCUAUCUUACAGAACUUAUUGAGCGGUACAAUCGGUGGGCUGCCACCCAUAAGCAAGAAGAAGAGGAGGAGUAUGAAGCCGCUGAAGACAAUGAGCCCGAGAAUCGUAACCCUGCAGACGAGGACAUGUGGGACUUUGGCACAGUGCGCUUUGUGAAUGAGAAGGGCAACGUUAUCCACAGGCCAGCUAUGUUGAACCACAUGGGUGAAUCGGCUGCCAAUUCCAGGGCUUCGCGGACACUCGAGAACGAUAACAACUCAGAGAGGAGACGGGAUCCCAGCCCUGCGAAAGUCUCGAUGGAGAGGGACACUAUGAAGGUUGCCAGUAUCCCCGCAACGCCCCGACAGACGUCUCCUCAGAGAAAACCUGUUCCAUCCUCAGCAGUUGGACCUCCUUCACCAAGCAAAGUUUCACUUCCACCCUCCCCCCAGAAGUCACUACCUGUCCCCGAGACACCCCGUUCCUCGAUUGCUUCGAGGCCAGUUGCCCCACUCCCGGAGAGCAGUUCGCCUGAUUACGACCGUGUGCUUCAGGAGGAGCUACAAAAGGAAAUGGGUUUGUUGAAUCUUGGUGCAGCUAUCGAACCGCGCAGCCCAACUUUGCAUUCAGCUUCCUCAAAGCUGUCCGCAUACAAAGUUCCAGAUAUUCCUCCGUUCCGCGGAAGUCAACAGCAUCUCCUACAACAGCAACAGCAACAGCAGUAUCAACACACAUCAAGACCAUCGACACAUCAGCCCUUGCAUCCUCCACCUAAAAGCCUGGCUCAACCUUCAGUUUAUCAUCCUCAAUAUCCCCAAUCGCAAGCCAGUCAUCACCUGUCCCAAAGCCAUCCUCCCCGGCCAGUCUACUCCAGCUCUCAUAUCCAACCCCUCAUUUCCAAAGAAGUCCCCCGUCACCCCAGUGGCGGCAGUGCCAACGAAGUUCCACUUUCAUUCCCCUCCCCUGCCCCUCCCAACCCUAACGGGGAGCUAGAUGCCCUCAACGACGUGAUCUUUCCUGCCCUCGAAGAGGCUCUCCGGCGUCGUCAAGUAAACCUGCAACAAAAAUACCAGCUCCCUCCGUCUGGCGCUACCAACAGUGAGGGGCAGCAUAAACAUCACCUGAUAACUCCAAAACAACAGCGGGCAGAGGCUGCUCAUGAGAAGAUUCGCAAACUGGUAUAUAAGCUGGCGCAUAUCUGCAAAGAAAUCGACCAAACCGACAAAGCUGAGCCGGUUGGGAUGGGGAAUGAUGUCGGGACCUUCCUCGAAGGAUUGUUGGAAGAGAUCUUGGUCAGGGUGGAGCCCCUGGAUGAAGAAGAUGGCAGACUUUGA